CACGACGUCGUUUUAUUCCUCCACCCCCCGCCCUCUCUCUCCCCCUCCUCCAUCGGCGAUCUCCGGCAAAACCAAUGUCCGUCAACGACGGCAUCGACUCUCGCCUCAUCUUCCACGAGGAAGAUGACCCGUUGCGGUUCCGCGUCGGCGAACCGGGUCCCAAGAGCCGGGAACUCGCCUCCUUCUUCGGCGGCGACCGCCGGUUCGAACUCCGCCGCAGCUUCUGCGACGUGAGAACCGAUCACGUUGAGACCAGGGGUUCUGAUGGAGACGACAUGGUCAACGACGAUGCUGAGGUCCGAAAACGCGCCGCCCUAAUCGAACCCGGCGAUAAUUGUAGUUCUGCAGCUGACGCGGGAACUGACAAACAUGGUUCUCUCGGUAGGGAACUGGUUUUGAGAGUAGAUGAGGCCGGAAAAUCAUCAUUUGAUCUCGGUGAAGUAAAUAACAAGGUGACGAUCGCCGAUCCGCAUGGUAAUGUAUACCAAUCACAGUAUAACACGCAGGCAACGAGGGAGUUUGCGUUUGUGCAGAAGGACAAAGCCUCCACAAAUGUUGGCUCUUGCGAGUCUCUUAGGACCAUUCUCUCUGAUCCUGUCACCGGAGCCCUAAUGGAUGAUGCCAUGAUAUUGCCUUGUGGACAUUCUUUUGGUGGUGGAGGCAUAGAAAAAGUUAAAAGAACGAAGGCUUGCUGCACGUGUUCUCAGCCAGUUUCAGAAGAGUCCAUAAAGCCAAAUCUGUCUCUCAGAGUGGUAGUUCAUGCGUUCCGUCAAGAAGAAGAGGUGGACCAUAGCCAUUUCCCGAAGCGGAGGAAAGAAAGGUCUGAUCAGGACAAGAGAAUUUUCUGUCUUCCAUCCAUGGUGGAAACCCCAAAGAGUAGAGGCAUACAGUUCCCUUACUCCAUUGGGGAUCGGGUUAUCAUAAAGGGGAACAAAAGGACGCCACCACGGUUUGUCGGUCGCAAGGCUGUUAUAAUGACACACUGCUUAAAUGGAUGGUAUGUAGUAAAGACAUUGGACAAUGCAGAGUCUAUCAAGCUGCAACAUUGCUCACUAGCCAAGGUCUCAGAUGAUCCGUUUGCUAAGGUAACGGUGGCUGAAAUGGCACCGGCUUGGCUUUAGCCCUGUAACCCUGAGUUCAAUGCCAGUCAUAACCCGAAAAGCAUAUACCUUUUGCUGCAACAUACACUUCACACUGUCUCUGACUUGAUCCACUCUUUGCUCUGGACUCAAACGGCAAAAGUGGAUACUGCACUUAUGGAGGUGUGGUAUAGGUUGCGAUAUUAACACAAAAAUAGUUCCUUUAUGUAUGUUUAAGGAUGUGUGGUAUGGUGUUUUCCUUUUUGUACAAGAUGGAAGAAGACAGCUUGUAAGUCAUAUCAAAAUGUGUCGUUUAAUGUUAACUAUGGUGCUUCAAACU